AUGGCACCUAAAUCGCAGACUAAUGCCUAUGUCCUAGGCGUGGGCAUGACGAAGUUUAUUAAACCACGUCGUCUUCGCCCAUAUACUGAGCUUGGCUUUGAAGCUGGUGCUAAAGCUCUCCUAGAUGCUGGCAUUACUUACGAUGAUGUCGAGACAGGCAUUGCAUGCUACUGUUACGGUGACACCACAUCUGGCCAGCGUAUCUUCUAUCAAUUUGGAAUGACGAACAUUCCCAUUUAUAACACCAACAAUGCCUGUGCCACGGGUUCUACUGGCCUACAGCUGGCGAGGACCUUGGUGAGAGGUGGAGUGGUCGACUGUGCAAUGGUUAUUGGUUUCGAUACUAUGAACCCCGGCAGUAUUAAGUCGGUCUGGAACGAUAGACCAAGUCCGAUGGGAUUGGGCACUAAGAUAAUGGAGGAGACCUACGGAAAACACGACUCUCCUAGAAAUGCGCAGUACUUUGCGAAUGCUGGAAGGGAGUACAUGGAAAAAUAUGGUGCUGAGCCUCGUGACUUUGCGGAGAUCGGCCGUGUUUCCCAUGAGCAUUCUUCCCGUAAUCCCUAUGCCCAAUUCAACCAGGUUUACUCGCUUGAAGAGAUCGAAAAGUCACCAAUGAUCCACUAUCCGAUCACCAAGCUCCAAUGUAGCCCGACCUCAGACGGAUCCGGUUCUGCGGUUAUCGUCUCCCAGAAAUUCCUCGAUGAGAGACCCCACCUGAAAUCGAAGGCAAUCCUCAUGGCAGGACAGAGUCUAAUGACUGACUCACCCAAGCUCUACUCCCGAAGCGCAAUGGACCUCGUUGGAUUUGACAUGGCAAAACAAGCUGGAAAGGCUGCAUUGGCCGAAGCUGGUAUCAAUGCGAAAGAUAUCAAGGUGUGUGAAAUGCACGAUUGCUUCAGUGCGAAUGAGCUCAUCACUCUUGAGGCUCUGGGCUUCUGUGAUGAGGGCAAAGCCCACCACAUGGUGAGAAAUGGAGAUAUCACCUACGGCGGGCAAGUUGUUAUCAACCCAUCUGGAGGCCUGAUCUCCAAGGGUCAUCCCUUAGGUGCGACUGGAUUGGCACAAUGCUGUGAACUGACAUGGCAACUCCGAGGAUGGGCCAACAACGGCCGACUUGUCAAGGGAAUAGACUCUGCUUUACAACAUAACCUCGGUCUUGGAGGAGCAGUCGUUGUUACUGUCUACAAACGGGCUGAUGGCAAGAAGAACACAGAUGCCACAGUCAGUGAUGCAGAAAUUGCCAAGUCGAGCGGCUUGGGAUACAAUCCUGCUGUUGAAUGUAGACAAAUCACUAGUGACGUCGCUGACAAGAUCCGGAGCAAGGAGGCCAGGUCUGACUAUGCAUUGGGCGAUACGCCAGAGAGGUUGCAGGCGAGAUUGUAA